AUUGCUAUUCGAGGAUAUAUAUGUCUAAGCAAAGAAUAGAUUUCUCUUUAGUUCUCUUCUCGUAUCUUCCUUUCCACUUUAUACUUUGAAGUAUCUAACGAAGUUUAGUAAGAUAUAAAGUGCUUAAUACAAAAGACAUAAAAAAAUCUAAAUUUAUCGAAGGAAAUUUUUAUUUCAUCAUUUUUUUCUUAACGUUUUAUUAUAAUGGAUCAAACGAUAUGGGUAACCAUCGAGGAGGAAAGUCAACAGAUGAUGGCAAUGUGGCCGGACAUUGUUCGUGAUAUCACGGAAGAGAUUGAAAAUUCUAACUUUUCAGAUGUUGCUAAAUGGAUGGAAAAAAUAUUACAGUACAAUGUUCCAGGAGGAAAAAAAAAUCGCGCUUUAACAUUAGUUUGUGCCUAUAAGGUAUUAGCACCAAGUGAUCAACUUACAGAAGAAAACUUUCGUCUUGCACGAAUUGUAGCAUGGUGUCUGGAAUUGUUGCAAGCCGCUCUUCUCUUAGUCGACGAUAUAGAGGACCGAUCGUUACUUCGCCGAGGCAAACCAUGUUGGUAUCGAUACAAUGAUAUAGGCCCAGCAGCAAUUAAUGAUAGUUUAUUGUUAGAGAGUGCUAUAUUUUAUCUAAUUAAAAAAUACUUCAAAGGGAAAGAUUGUUAUGUUAAUCUACUAGAAACAUUGCACGAUAUCACAUUCAAGACAACUAUAGGCCAAAGUUUGGAUUUGCUCUCUACCAGUUUUGGUUCUAAGAAACUCAAUCUGGAUCUAUUUACAAUGAAUCGAUAUAAUUCCAUUUGUCAAUACAAAGCAUCGGAAUAUUCUUUUAUUUUUCCAAUAACCGUAGCUAUGCAGUUAGCCGAAAUAAAAGAUCUAGAGAUGUUCAGUCAAGCAAAAUCCAUCUUGUCUGAAAUGGGACAUUUGUUCCAAGUCCAAGAUGAUUAUUUAGGUUGCUAUGGGAAAUCCGAUGUCCAUGGCAAGGAUUGUAAUGAUAUACAAGACGGAAAAUGUACGUGGCUGAUUGUUGUAGCUCUUCAAUGUGCCACUCCGGAGCAGCGUAAAAUUUUAGAAGAAUGUUACGGCUCUCCCGAUCCGGAAAAAAUAAGACGCGUGAAACAACUUUUCAUUGAUCUUGAUUUACCAAAAAUUUAUUCUACAUACGAAGAAGAAACAUAUAAUCGACUAAAAGUACAUAUACAGCAGAUAUCAUGCGGGCUUCCACAUAGUCUCUUCUUGAAUUUAUUAAAGAAGAUUUAUCACAGAGUGUCAUAAAAUAAUUGUGUAUAUUG